AUAAAGAAGAACGAGAACUUGAAUAUCAAACAACUAGAGUUCCAAAAUGUUCUUUUUGUUUACAACAACAUUGGCGUUGUAAAGAAAAAAAAUAUACAAAUUCAUUUAAUGAAAUUAGUGAGAACAUAUCAUAUAUUUGUGGUCAAUUUGAAGUUACAGGUUUUGUGCAUUCUAAAUGCCAAUGUGAUUAUUUUGAUUUAUCAUUAAUAUGUGAAUAUUGUGAUACAAAUUGUAUUCGCUCAUAUGCAAGGUGGGGUGAUGGUUAUUUAUCAUCUGAUAUAAUUGGUCUAUUUGAAUUUGGAACUUAUCGAUUUUUAGAAGGUUCUGAUAAUAACAAUACAUCUGAAGAUAUAAAUGAACUAUGA